CCAGAAAGCGUAAAAAUACAAACUCUCACUCUCGCUUCCAGACUUUCCACUCUUCCACUUCCAGCUUCCAUUCUAUGUAGCUGAAAAAACGCUUAAGGGUCCUCCCUUUUUGGUUCUUCCUUUCUCAAGCCACCAUCUUUCUCUGGAAUUCGAUUCCCUUUGGGUUCAAUAUUCUUUCAGAAUUUCAGAACUUUUAUCAUCAUCAGUCCACAAAGAUCACAAAAUGCUUCGAACCCCACAUUGGUACGAUUCACAUGUCGCUAAGUUCCCUCUCUUUGCAUCACCAUUCUCUUCUCACAAUGGCUCUUCAUGUACUGUAGCUUCUCCUGUCCUUGACAUGGGAUUGAAGUUGAUUAAACAAGUAUCGGGUAGCAAUCAGCAAGGAAUUGCCAAGACCCGGGAUUGUGUCAAGCAUAGAACAGCUAAUGCUUACGGUCAGCGUGCUCAAGAACGUGUACUUGAGGACGAGGCCCUCCAAAUGUCAGAGACCAGUCCAUCAUGGAAAACUUUUCCAGGUCAAGCUUUUCCGCUGGGUGUAUCAGAAGUUGAUAGUGGGACUAAUUUUGCUAUCUUUUCACAGCAUGCAACUGCUGUCACACUUUGCUUAUCACUUCCAGAGAGGCUUGGAAGGGUGGAUGGUGGAAUGAUGGAGUUCUCUUUGGAUCGUAAUGAAAACAAGACAGGUGACAUUUGGCACAUAUGUAUCAAGGAUUUGCCCCGGAGCAAUGUUCUCUAUGGUUAUCGUAUGGAUGGGCCACGAGGUUGGCAUGAGGGGCAUCGAUUUGACAGCAGAGUUGUGCUUAUAGAUCCUUACGCAAAGCUGGUUGAUGGCCGCCGGUUUUUUGGAGAUAGCAGCAAAAAGUUUUCUAAGUUUCUUGGAACUUAUGAUUUUGAUAGCUUGCCUUUUGCUUGGGGAGACAACUACAAGCUCCCAAAUAUACCUGAGAAGGAUCUUGUUAUAUAUGAAAUGAACGUUCGUGCAUUUACAGCCUCUGAAUCCAGUGGUCUGGAUCCAGAUAUUCGUGGUAGCUACCUUGGUGUGAUUGAGAAGAUUCCACACCUUCAAGAGCUUGGUAUCAAUGCAGUGGAGUUGCUGCCUGUCUUUGAAUUUGAUGAGUUUGAGUUUCAGAGGCGACCAAAUCCUAGAGAUCACAUGAUAAAUACAUGGGGCUACUCAACAAUAAAUUUCUUUGCUCCUAUGAGCCGCUAUGCAAGUGAUGGUGGAGGACCCCUUAAAGCUUCCCAGGAAUUUAAACAAAUGGUUAAAGCCUUGCAUGGUGCUGGGAUAGAGGUCAUUUUGGAUGUUGUCUAUAAUCAUACUAAUGAAGCUGAUGACGCCAACCCUUAUACCACUUCAUUUCGUGGCAUAGAUAAUAAGGUUUAUUACAUGCUGGACCUAAACAACAAUGGGCAAUUACUGAACUUCUCCGGCUGCGGGAACACAUUAAACUGUAACCAUCCUGUUGUCAUGGAGCUCAUAAUAGAUAGCUUAAGACACUGGGUCACUGAAUAUCAUGUGGAUGGAUUUAGAUUUGACCUUGCCAGUGUUCUUUGUCGGGGAUCAGAUGGAAGUCCGCUUAGUGCACCACCAGUUAUUAGGGCUAUUGCAAAAGAUUCCAUCCUAUCAAGAUGUAAAAUUAUUUCCGAACCUUGGGACUGUGGAGGCCUUUAUCUCGUUGGAAGAUUUCCAAAUUGGGACAGGUGGGCAGAAUGGAAUGGGAAAUACCGUGACGACUUAAGGAGAUUUAUAAAGGGCGACUCUGGUAUGAAAGGAAGUUUUGCAACUCGUGUUUCUGGAUCUGCUGAUCUUUACAAAGUGAAUAAGCGCAAGCCUUAUCACAGUGUUAAUUUUGUUGUCGCGCAUGAUGGGUUCACACUAUAUGAUCUUGUUUCAUACAAUUUCAAGCACAAUGAUGCUAAUGGAGAAGGAGGAAAUGAUGGAAGUAGUGAUAAUUUGAGCUGGAAUUGUGGUUACGAAGGAGAAACUGAUGAUUCUACUGUUAAAGCUAUACGUUCCCGACAAAUGAAAAAUUUUCAUUUGGCAUUAAUGAUAUCUCAGGGGACACCAAUGAUGCUGAUGGGGGAUGAAUAUGGGCAUAGUCGAAAUGGAAAUAACAACAGUUAUGGACAUGAUACUGCUAUUAACCAUUUCCAGUGGGGACUGUUGGAGGCACGCAACAGCAAUCACUUCAGGUUUUUCAAAGAGGUGAUAAAAUUUCGACGAACACAUCGUGUAUUUGGUCGUGAUACAUUUCUUGAGAAAAAUGACGUGACAUGGCAUGAAGACAACUGGCACAAUUAUGAAAGCAAAUUCCUUGCAUUUACGUUUCAUGACAAUAAUGGAGGAGACGUCUAUAUGGCAUUCAAUGCUCAUGACUAUUUUAUUAAGGUUCCAAUACCCGCAGCACCAGUAAAGAGGAGAUGGUUUCGUGUGGUGGACACUAAUCUUGAGUCUCCCAAUGACUUCGUGCUUGACGGCGUCCCAGGCAUCAAAAGCACGUAUAACAUGGCCCCCUACUCCUCAAUUCUUCUUGAAGCAAAAUGAUGACAUAACUUCAGAAGCCGCUUUUUUCAGAUGGCUUGGAUUAUCUGGAAGAUGACUGAAGGAUACGGCUGGUUUCAAACUAGAACAAGAUAUAUAUUUUUAUUUUUGAAGUCCUUGAGCUGUAGAAAUGCAUGUUCAUGUCAAUGGGACUAGUAAAGUAGUUUCGAAUUUAUAGUAGAUCACCGUGAUUCCCCACCAAUAAGGAGGAACAGCCAGCCUCAACCAUAUGCAGGGAGCUAUGAAAGCGUGUAAUUACUUCAAUAAUUGCAGAGAGCCCCUGUGCUUAACAAACAUUCUAAAGGGAUCAAAAUAUUUCAUAGGCCAAAUUGUAGCAAUGCUCCUUGAACUAUACCCCAACUUUAUUUUUCGUCCCU